AUGGUUCGCGCUCGACUUCAACCCUGGUCCACCGAUGGCGUGGACGGUGGCCCCAGCAGCAUCACGAUACUUUUGAAGUGGCUUGCGACCAACCGAAACUACGAACGAUGGCUCGGGCGCGGGGGUGAAUCCAAGAGAGAACUCAGUGCCGAGAUUCUCACAGAGAUGAGGCGCAAUGGCAUCCACCAUUGGGAUUACCAUGGCACACGACUGCAAAUGACUUUACUUGAGAGAUCACACGAACAAGCAUACGAAUGGGAAGGUACGACCGGAGGAGCUGUAAUAGCAAUGGGUGUCGAUGGGAGAAUGGUCUCCGUCCGAAAUCAUCUCCUCCGGAUGUGCCCUGUCAGCCUUAGAGCCAGCCAAGCUGGCCAAAAGACUGCUUAA